AUGGUUUGCCCGGAAGCCGUUUUUGCUUUCUAUCUUAACCGUGACCUCUACAACAAUACUGUCGGUGGAGAGUUGACUCUGUGUGGAAUCGACUCCACUCACUACCAGCGGCUCAACUCAGAGACCUAUUGGCAAAUACCACUAGGAGGGAUCAUCAUCAAUGGCCAGCAAAUUGUAUAUGGACCUGUCAACGCAAUCGUCGAUAGUGGUACCUCACUCAUUGCUGGGCCACCUGCACUUGUUCAAGAGUACACCGACGGAACGUGCACAUCUGGUUUCCAAGAAUUCCCAGAUCUGGCUGCCUCAAACACAUGGAUCCUUGGUGAUGUCUUCAUGGGCGCCUUCUACACGAUAUUCGACUAUGGAAACGCGCGUGUUGGAUUUGCAGUGUCAACAUAG